AUUCAAUAAAGUACUACAUCUAGGACUGUUUUUAAAAUGCAACAAUGACUUUGACGCUUUGAUCUUUUUCACAUUAUUCUAACUGGUAAAGUGCUCAAGGGAAUCGGGUGUGAUAGGAAUUGCAGAAAUUGCAAAAGUGGUGGAUGUCAAGAGAUCAAAUUUGAGAAGUAUUGAUCUAUCCGACUCAUCUUAAAAGUUUCGUUGCACAGUGUUUGUUUACUCGGGGUAAAUCAGGUGCAGUGAGCUACAGGAGCAGGCAAGAGCCAUCGGGACCUAGGGUGGAGUGGAGCGCAAGGAUCGCAUUGGAGAACAAGCGACUGUAAAUGGACUCUGAACUUAAAGCAGUGCUCGGCCUAGAGAUGGCACUUUAAAGCUGACUAUACUGCAGGAACCUGGUGAGGAACCGGCUUCCCUCAGCACCAUACACCACUCUUUGAGGAACAUGUAUAAUUAGGAACUAAGAGUCAGAAUUUUCACAAUGCCAGCUUUAAAUAAAAUGCAGGUUCUCGGGGUUUUCUUGGCUUUCUUGGGCUUUGCAAAAUGUCAGGAUUUUCCAAGUUAUGACCUGCUGGAAGAGUUCCGCUUGGUUGAGAGCAGUGGGGUGAGGCAGGUAAAAGGCUCGGAGCCAGACUCAGUAGCGUACCGUAUAAACCCCUCCCUGCAUCUCAGGAAGAGCUUGAGCGAUGUUUACCCAGAUGGUCUGCCUACUGACUACUCUGUCAUAGCCACAUUCAAGAUCACCAAGGAUGAGGCGAAGGCGUCCUGGAACCUUUGGCAGGUUAGCGACCCUGAGGGCCGGGACCUGGUAGGGCUGCGUUUUAAUGGCGACUCUAGAACGCUGGACUACUUCUACAGCAGCCCCAGCAAUACACAGAUGCUGCACUCCUUCCAUGGUGUGGAGAAGCUGUUUGACGGUGAGUGGCACAAACUGGCGCUCAGCGUGAAGGGAGACCAAGUGAAGCUACUGGUGGACUGUGAGGAAGUGCGAACUGAGCCGCUGGAUGAGCCGAGGCCGGUCAUCGUCCGCGGUUACACCUCCAUCGUCAAGAGAGCUGCAGGCGACCGGUCUAUCUCUGUGGACCUGCAGAGGAUGCGUGUUUCCUGUGAUGCUGACCAGGCAUAUUCUGACGGCUGCUGUGAGCUGUCCAGUGUGUGUGGGGGACAUGCAGAGAUUGGCCUCAGUGCCAGUAGAGGCAGAGCCACAUGUAAAUGCAUCCAUGGACAGCCAGGUCCGCAGGGAAUUUCUGGUCCAAAGGGUCACAGCGGUCUACCAGGAAAGCCUGGAGAUCCAGGGCAAAUGGGAAACUGGGGCCGACGAGGAGACACUGGAGACUAUGGAAACAUAGGUGAACCAGGUCCUAAAGGCUAUACUGGGAUCAAAGGAGAGAAGGGAAUGCGGGGACUCCACGGCCCUGAUGGUGACAGAGGCCCUGAAGGAUUAAAAGGUUUACCAGGCGCUACAGGCCACAAGGGAGUGCGAGGACCUCCUGGAGAGAGAGGGGGGACUGGGCUGCCAGGAGAGAGAGGUUCAGUGGGAGAUCAGGGAUACCAGGGAAUUCCUGGAUAUCAGGGAGUGAAGGGAGAUGAAGGUCCCUCUGGAAAAGCUGGACCUUCAGGACCACAGGGCGCGCAGGGUGUUGUGGGAGAUCCUGGUGAAAGAGGACAACCUGGAGAAAAAGGAAAGCCUGGUAUACAAGGUCCUAAGGGAAACGUUGGAUACAUGGGAAUAAAGGGCAUUGUUGGUGAUCCAGGUUUACCUGGGAGGGAUGGAGACGCUGGCGUUGAGGCCUAUCAAGGACCCCAGGGGGCUGAGGGCAAAGCUGGAAGACUUGGAGAAAGGGGUGAGAAAGGUGCUCAGGGGCCUCCAGGGAACAUGGGGCCUCAGGGACGACCUGGUCUCCAAGGAUAUAAAGGCUCAGGAGGAAAGCCAGGAAGACCAGGACUCAUUGGGCCUCCAGGAAGAACGGGACAUAUAGGAUUACCUGGAAGAUCAGGACCCAAGGGCAGUGCUGGUAUUCCAGGAUUUCAAGGAGUAAAAGGGCAAAAGGGUGAGAAAGGCCAAAAAGGACCAAAAGGCAGGGUGGGGGACAGAGGUAAGCCAGGGCCACAGGGAGGCCAAGGAAAGCGAGGUCCAGCUGGAGAUUCUGGUCGUAAAGGCAACGUGGGAACCAAAGGCAUCCAAGGAGACGAAGGGCUAGAAGGCUUUCAGGGACCUCCAGGACCACCAGGCCCGACGCUCUCGGCCCAACAUGUUAUCGAGGUUUGCAAGCGUGUGGUGCUGGAACAGAUGUCCAUGUUUGCCAACUCAGUGAAGCGGACUUGUGCUGCUGUGUGUCCGCUGUAUGGUGAUGUGCCCAUGGGUGCCCCUGGUCCCCCAGGCAAAAAAGGACCACCUGGCCCACCUGGUAUUCCUGGUACUGAUGGUGUUGAUGGAGAAGUGGGGCAGCAAGGAUUCUAUGGAGAGCACGGUGAUCCAGGCAAACAAGGAGUGCGAGGUGAUCAAGGGGAGAAAGGAGGCAAAGGUCCAAAAGGUUAUGGUUUACCUGGUUACACUGGAGACCAGGGACAAAAAGGUCAGCGUGGGCGACCUGGCAGAGCAUUCGAUGGGCACCCUGGUCGAAUGGGUGAGAGGGGCCAUGUUGGCCGACCCGGGCUGAGGGGUCACCCUGGACUACCUGGGGUUCCUGGAGUUUGCCUGACUUCAGGGUGUGGUUCGCUUACCGGGCCUGCUGGUAGCACACCCCAACCAGAACCUCAGAGCUCAUCCCGAAGGACACCACAGAGACUGCGGGCACGCCCAUAAUGUUACAGGACAGAUGCAUUUGCGUAGUGAGACAACAACUGCUGUAAAUAGAUUAAAAACCCCAUCACAUCAAAAGACUGUAAGAUUCCAAUAAUAAAGAGAAGAACCAUCACAAAGGUACAAGAUCAACUGACGCCUCCUGAGAAAUUUAUGUUUAGAAGCUGAUCUGGGUUAUUGCUUAUUGGCUUAUGUCUUUGUAACAUUAUCUUGUGUUUUUAAUAAGGCAUUUAUGUGGUUUCUUAAUUACUCUUAUGGGAGAUUCCUCCGAGCAUCAUGAAAACCUUUUUCCUGUCCAAAUGUGUCCACACAGUUGCAUAACUUCAUGUCCAGGUCCUGGUCCUGAGGAAGAUGAUUUAUUGUGAUUGUCACAUUAGACAUACACAGAAAGUAGGCUGUAAUUGUAUUUGGAAGCAGGUUAUUAAAGGUUUUUCCAGGCAAGUGUUUUCCCCAAAGAUACAGCAUCACAAAUCAAAAUCUAUUUCCUUAGAAUACACCAGAGUGUAUCAGUUGAUUCUGACCAGUCCUGCUUUCAGGAAAUUUUUUAAAUUUACCUCCACACUAUGUAAAGUCUGCUCUGUGUUUGACAGAAACCUCUUGACAGAUUUUGAUUCUUACACACUGUUCCUCUGUCCUAGUGGUAGCAUUUGUAACUGAAACAAACCAAAAAAAAUCCAACUCAUAGUUCCAAUUACAUUCAUCUUCCUCCUGUUGCCAUGCCAUGGUUUAUGAAAUCCAGUAUACUAAAAUGUCUUGUUCGUAGCCGAACAUUUUAAUCACAGUUCCCCACAUUCCUCCAAGAACGUUUUGCCCAAAGAGGAUGAUGCCACUUUACUGUCAGGAGAUUGUCCCCCCCAGGUCUUUAAGCAAAUGAUACUUAACUAUUGUCCAUCAGAUGCCGACAGUUUUUUGGAUAGGUCACUGGAUGUCAUGUCCUCAAAUUGCCAGGAUUUUUGUUUUCCCUUUUCCCAAAUUUUCCUGGAGAGUUUGAACAUUUUAAAAAUCCAGUUAAGUAGGAUACUGCUCUUAUACCAUGUUCAUCCAGAAUAAAUAACACAUGACUUUAUUAAAGUGAUUCUCUUAAA